AUGGCGGCCGCUACUGCGGUCCACAGCGCCGUCCAGCAGGAGCACCAAUUUCUGGAGCAGCUCAGACCCACCUUGGACACCAGCCAGUUUGCCUGCGUCGUGUCAUUGGACUUUGGUCCGGUAGGAGAGGCAGACGUGACAGCCAAUCUGAUGGAGGCAGUGCCCUGCAGCCUGGCGCUGCAUGAUCCAGCUGAGCUGCCAGAAGACACUGCUGCGCUGCCCUUCCUGCACAUCAAAGUGCCACACCACCCUGCCGAGUCUGCCAUUCUUUCCCAGGCUGUGGAGUUUGCUCAGUCGCGGCAGUACCACGCGUUCACAAACAACUGCAUCCAGAACACAGACUUCUUUAUUCGGGCGCUGACGGGCGGCGCAGUCAGAAAUGCUCCUCUCGUGCAUGACGCAUUGUGCGGGCAUGUGCCGGCACAAGACAACCCCAUGCUCGUCAUGUUCAUGCUGAUGACUGGAUUCUCCUGGUUUGAUGUCUGCGAUGGAAGCCAGGCGGCUGCAGCCUUCUUGCGGGAGCACGCCAAGCCUGCCAUGCCUAAGUGA